AUGAAGUUGAUCAAGAAGAACAUCGAAAGAGAUGCGUCGGGCGCGAUUACGCUCGUCGCUGAAGAGCCAGAGGAUAUGUACAAUGUGUACAACCUGAUCCAAAUAGGUGAUCAGCUCCGCGCUCCGACAAUCCGCCGCGUCCAAACCGAAUCAUCAACCGGCUCCUCCUCCUCCCAACGAGUCCGCACAACCCUCACAAUCCGCGUAACAAAACUCGACUUUGACUCCCAAGCCUCUGAACUCCACGUCUCCGGCACCGUCAUCCUCGAAUCCCCGCACGUAAAGCUCGGAUCCUUCCACACCCUCGAUCUCGAACUCCACCGAAACUUCACGCUCGCGAAACAAGAGUGGGAUAGUGAGGCACUGAGAAGAGUGGAGGAGGCAUGUGAUCCGGGGUCAAGGGCGGAGGUGGGAGCGGUUGUGUUGCAGGAGGGGUUGGCGAAUGUUUGUUUGAUUACGAAUUUUAUGACGAUUGUGAAGCAGAGGAUUGAGGUUUCGAUACCGAGGAAAGCACGGGGGAGUUCGUCGCAGUAUCAGAAAGGGCUGGACAACUUUUUCAAGACGGUAUACGACUCAGUCCUCCGCCACCUCGACCCAACGAACCUCAAAGUAAUCCUCCUCGCCUCCCCCGGCUUCCUCGCCGACUCCCUUUCAACCUACAUCUUCCAACAAGCAACCCUCUUCGACAACAAAGCACUCAUCAAGAACCGGUCAAAAUUUGUGGUGGUACACUGCUCCACCGGGCACGUCCAUGCUCUCAACGAAGUCAUGAAGACACCUGCCGUCGAACGCGUGUUGAGUGACACCAAGUACGCAAAGGAAUCCCAAGCAAUGGAGAAAUUCUAUUCCCAACUCUCCACAGACGACUCAAAAGCCUGGUACGGUGCCACCCACGUCCGCGCCGCAGUCACCCAAGGCGCAGUCUCAGCCCUCCUCAUCUCCGACACCCUCUUCCGCUCCCACAAUAUCGAGACACGAAAAGAGUGGGUAAGACUCGCGGAUGAGGUGCGGAGUCAGGGAGGUGAGGUAUUGGUUUUCUCGAGUUUGCAUGAGAGUGGGCGGGGGCUGGACAGUUUGACGGGGGUGGCGGCGGUGUUGAAGUGGGCGUUGCCGGAGUUGGAGGAGCUUGAGGAGGCGGAGGAGGCGGCGAGGGAGCAGGAACAGUCAUGA